GGUGACUGUCGUUCCUAUAGUUAUGUAUGUGGAAUCUCCAGUAAAGAUGAGCCUGACUGGGAAUCUCUUAUUUUCCUCGCUAGGCUUAUUCCUCGGAUGUGUCAUAACAUUAACAGAGUUGUCUAUAUCUUUGGUCCACCAGUUAAGGAACCUCCCACAGAUGUUACACCCACCUUCUUGACAACAGGGGUGCUUAGUACUUUACGUCAAGCUGAUUUUGAGGCCCAUAACAUUCUCAGGGAGUCUGGGUAUGCUGGGAAAAUCAGCCAGAUGCCAGUGAUUUUGACACCAUUACAUUUUGAUCGGGAUCCACUUCAGAAGCAACCUUCAUGCCAGAGAUCUGUGGUUAUCCGAACCUUUAUUACUAGUGACUUCAUGACUGGUAUACCUGCAACACCUGGCAACGAGAUCCCUGUAGAGGUGGUGUUAAAGAUGGUCACAGAGAUUAAGAAGAUUCCUGGCAUUUCUCGAAUUAUGUAUGACUUAACAUCAAAGCCCCCAGGAACCACUGAGUGGGAGUAAUAAACUUCUUGUUCUAUUAAAGUACUGUGUGCAGUUUAAAUUCAUUAGAAAUUGCUCUCAUUAUUGACAUACAGUGCUAUGAAAAAGUUACUGGAACUGCUACAUCACAUCUGAGUUCAACAGCAAAAAUCUACAGCUUAAGCGCUAAGUUGGGAAUAACUAAAAGGGACUGAAGAGUUUUUACGGGUAAAUAAUCAAAGCACUAUUGCCUACAUCAGACAGAUUGAUAACUGCUUUUGCCUUUGCUUCACUUGUUCUUAUGUGUAAACCCAUUGUUACUACUUAUGUCUCUAUGAAGAUGUGUGACAGUGGUUGACUUUGGGAAUAGUAAUGGACUUCUGUCUCUUUGCCAGUUUCUAAAAGCCAUUAAUACACCUAUUGUCAGUGUGAUUUACUAUGUAUACUUUUUGGAGAAUCCAUGUUUUCCUACAGAUAAUGUUAUUUCUAAAGGGUGAGUAGGAUAGUGGGGCUAUAAAAUAAUAAAGUACCUUAAGAUGAAAAAGCACCAGGAAUUUAUUAUGGAAAUACUUUAGUGUUUGUAAUAUAGCAGCCAUGACAAAAAGAAACUGAAUAGUCUUACAAUGUUUUUAAACCAUGUACUACAACAGAUGCCAUGUUACUGUUGCCUUGUUAAUUAGUGAGGAACUUUAUUCUCCCAGUUUGUAUUACUAGCCUUGCAUAGAAAGUUUCUGUUGUUUCUGAGGAAGAGGUUGUCUCAGUAAUGUGUAGUUUAGUGCGGAUAGAGUUUAAGGAGAGAUUUAGGGGGUCAGGAGUAGCUGUGAGGUCACAGAAACCAUGAUGCAUGCCUGCAACUUACAAAUGGGAGAAGAAAAGUUGCUUGUAUUACUUAGUAAAGAGUUAUAAAAUGACCUCUUUGAUUUAACCUUUAGACAGAUUUAUUAUUCACUGCUCAGAAGUCUGUAAUGAGUCUUGAUCCAUGCAAAGUGUUUGCCAAACUUUCUAAUCUUUUCUACUUGCUCUAAGAGGAUUCAAGAACCGAUGCAGGACUUGUUGCCAUUGCCAACAGUUUCUAACACAUCCUUUAUAAUAUUCACAUAAACACGAUAAAAUAAACAGUAGUAGACUUAAAUUCUGCAGAUUAUUACCAUGUUUUUCUCAUACAGUUUUACCUCAGUUUGCUGUCUCUUAACCUAGUUUCGAACAUCUUCUCUAUUAAUCAGGUUAAAUCUUGUUUGGGAUUCCUUGUUAGAUAACGAACUAGAGGAUGCGUUAUAGAAGUCAUCUUUUCAUUCUGGCUGGUCCAGAAGACAACCAGAAACUGCUGCUGGACCAUGAAGGGAAGAUCUCUUGUCUGUUGUAACAGACAUCCAUAUCUAAGACAAGGAGAAUUUGACUUCUUCAAAUUAUGAUACUCAUAAUAACUCUUUGGAAAGAGAAUGUGAUAGUGAUAUGGUCUUAAUGGAUUUAAGGAGAUUUAUAGUUGUGUAAUUUUAGAACUAGAAUAGACAACUUAAAAAAUGCUUGCCAACAUGCGUCAAUAUACACUUAACGUUUAUGUGAAAAAAAUUUCUAGCAAAAGUGUCUAUGGUUUUGUAUUCAAGCAAACACUAAGGAUUAGGAAAUAUACGUAGUACAAAUGCUUUUUCCCAAAAGUUUGUUCUGUGAACACUGCUUCAAUGAGAUGACCUGUGUAAAAAUGGCAGGCGAUUAUAUAAGUUGAAAGUGCUGCUCACAGGUCUUUGUGAAUAUGCUAUGCAUUAUAUGUAAAGUUCUGAGAAAUUUUAAAGUUAAAUAACAGUUGUUAAAGUUUGCUUAACUUAGUGUUUUCCUAAUUUUCCAUUAAACACCUUUUUAUAUAAUCCUUAAUACUAGAAAAAUGAUUUGUUCA